CCACCACCACCACACACACACACACACACACACCGCAUAUGACUGUUUGCGCAUCCCUCCCUCCCGACAGCGGCUGGCUGCGGCGGGCUGCGCAGAAUUAUGGCCCGCUAUGUACCCAGGUAAUCAGCAAGUGGAGCUGGACCAAAAGGCCGAAGUCCGAACUCGGCUGGCCGGCCGAGCUGUUUGUUGCUGCUUGCUCGUCCUCUCCUGUUCGCUGCACAAGGGGAUGGAUGGUCGGGCCUGGCGGACCCCGAUCCGCCAUGGAGGUUGGUUGCCCUCUUUGGUGACGGGUUCGCUCCCGGGCUGGAAAAGGCCUGCUGUGGCCACCAACAAUCUCACAGAAACAACCCCUCCAGCUCCCCAUUCCUCCUGGCGUCUCUCCUUCUCUUUAUAACCUGCGCAUUUUCCCAUUCCCCUGCCCUGGAGGGUUGCAAUCGUGGGGUACCUAGUACAUGCCUUGGCUUCCAUCCCAGGGCUGCGGAUCUGGGCUCCUGUUCUUGGCAUCCCCCAAAUCCGAGGUCCAGGUUGUGGGUCGUCAUCGACUGCUGUUUUCUGCCGUUUUAUCUCCGUGUUGUCCUUUUGAUUUAGACUUGGGCUUUUGCUGUUUCAUUACGCUCCCUCGGAUAGCCUGUGCCUUGUGUCCGUUUUGUGCACCUCCUUGAACUUUUCCUUUGCGCAGUCGAAGCCUCAAGCCGAGAACUUGGUAUCGGAGUGCUGCUGCUAAAAAGGGAUAGCCGAGUCACCGCGGUGCAAGCGCAGAUGGCGGCUCCCGACAGGGGCCUCGAGAAGCCCGAGAAGGACCCAGACGCAGGCUCCGUAACCUCUCUUUCAGAUGGAUCGGCUGGGUCGGACCACAGUCCAGCCCGCAGCAGGGUGGGAUCUGUGACCGAGACAGAACGCGAGCAGGAUACGAGGACUGCGGCUCAACUAGAACCUUUGAAACCACCCGCAAGCGCCCGCACAAGCUUACAGCACCGAAGGAGCUCUUGUGCACGAUCCGAGCGCGGGUCUCUCCCUGGCGCCAGCAGCCAUGAUCCCGGGCGGCCGAAUCAUGACGACGGCGACGAGCCCGGUGGCUUUGUGGGCGAAGAGCCGCUAUCACGUCUUCAGACAGCUGCCAGCGCUCGAAGCGCAGCCUCCCGGGCCCCCGAGUACGAGGUCGUGUUCGACGAAGGCGACGCCGAGGGCGACAGCAAAGAUGGGGACGGCGGUGGCGGUGGAACGAGCGACAACCCGCGCUCCUGGCCGAUCCUGUACCGCGGCUGGGUCAUCUUCUGCGUCUCCUUCUCGACUUGGGUCGUCGUGUUGUACAGCACCAGCUACACGGCCGCGAUCCCGCUCCUCAUGGCCGAGUUUGGCGUCCAGAGCACCACCGUCGCCACACUCGGGGUGACGAGCUACCUGAUGGGGCUGGCCGUUGGCAGCAUCGUCAUGGCGCCGCUCAGCGAGCUGUACGGGCGCAGGCCGCUGUACAUUUGCUGCAUGUCCGUUUUUGCGCUGCUCGUGAUCCCCACGGGCGUGGCCACGUCCUUGUGGGGGAUUAUUGUCGUCAGGUUUGUGGGAGCCCUCUUCGGAGCCGUCAUGAUAUCCCUCGCCACCGGCACCAUCGUCGACAUUUCCAACGAGGAGCACCGUGCACUUUGCAUGUCGCUCUGGAGUAUCGCCCCUUUUAACGGACCCAUAACGGGCCCCUUGAUAGGAGGCUUCGUGUCCCAGUUUCUCGGCUGGCGCUGGAACAACUGGCUGGCCUUGAUCCUCGCGGGCCUGACCGUCGUCCUGAUGGUGACGGUCAAGGAGACGUACGCGCCCGUCAUCCUCCAGGCCAAGGCGGCCAGGCGCCGCAAGGAGACGGACGACGACCGCUGGUGGAGCCGCUACGACGAGCGCAACAUGUCGAGGGCGGACCUGGUGAGGCUCAACCUCGGCCGCCCCUUCGUGCUCGCCGCCACGGAGCCGAUGCUGUGGUUCUUCAACACGUGGAUAUCCGUCAUCUACGGCAUCCUGUACCUCUGCUUCGUGGCGUACCCGGUCGUGUUCGCGCAGCACCGCGGCUGGUCCGUCGCCACGACGGGGCUCUCCUUCCUGGGGCAGGGGGUUGGCACCCUCGUCGCCAUCGCGGCCGAGCCGCUCUGCCGGCGCCUCAUCAACGCGCACCCGCGCGACCCGGAGACGGGUCGCCCCCGGCCCGAGGCGGCCGCCAGUCUCAUGGUCGUCGGCGCGGUGCUGGCCCCGGUCGGGCAGCUCGCCUUCGCGUGGACGUCGCUGCCCGCCACCGUCCACUGGGCCGUGCCCAUCGCGGCGGGCGUGCCGUUCGGGGCCGGGAACACGCUCUGCUUCAUCUACGGCAGCAACUACAUUGCGAGCGCCUACGGCAUCUACGCCGCCUCGGCCAUGGCGGGCAACGCCGUGAUCCGGUCCGCGUUCGGCGCCACCUUUCCGCUCUUUGGCCCGUCCAUGUACGCGGCGCUGUCGCCGCGCUGGGCGGGGACGCUGCUCGGCCUGCUCGAGGUCGUGCUCAUACCGGUGCCCGUGGCGUUUUAUAGAUACGGCGGGCGCAUCCGCGCGCGCAGCCCCGUGAUCCGCCGCAUGCGCGAGGACUCGGCGCGCAACGAGGGUGGGCGCGCGCGGCGGCGGCGGGGCGGCGGGGCGGCUGGGGGUCCUGUGGCCGGGGUGGUGGCGGCCCCGGGAGAAGGGGACGCGGAGAAGGCGGUGGGGGUGGCGGUGGCCGGCGGUGGCGGCCAGGUGGGAGGGGCUUGGACGCCCGAGAGGACUCCUGGUGGGGCUGUUAUCUAGAGCGAGAGCUAUUUUGGAUGGGUCUUUUACAGCUGUGGCUCGAUAAGAAAUAUUUGUGGACGC